AUGGAUCCCGUAAUCGAAGAUCUGGAUGCCCAUCUUCCUGAUCAGAACAAUUUGCCGAGCAUUUUCUCCUUUCCGGCCGACACGCUAACGAACAUGGCGAUGAGUGCUCCCCAUCGACAGGGUAUGAAAAAACCGAGCGACCCGAACGAAUCAAUGGGACGGCGUCGCUCUCGUCGGCCCUCGGGCCGGUCACAGUCCCGUGGCCGUCGGAUGGCUAAGGCCGCCCAGGAACCGGAAGCGGAAUCGGAAACAUCACCGAUGCGCCAACGCCGAGGAAGAAGCCGAUCGCGGUCAGCUGCCAAGCGUCGGGCAGCGGCUGGUACCCGAAGCCAAUCGCGGCGACGUACCCGCAGCCGUGCAUCGUCUCGUUCGCGAUCCCGUGCCCGGUCGGCCCGUAAUCGAUCGCAAAGCGCGAAGCGAACCAGCCGUUCUCGUCGGCGUUGA